AUGAAGAAUGUUGUUCCUUUGCAGUUGCAAUACAUGAAAAAGAUGGCAACUAUUGCAACAACUACCCGUACCUACGAGUUUUUCUAUGACUCGGUGACCGUUACAAUAAAAGGGAACAAUAUCAUAUAUACGAAAAUUCCUACAAUCUUUGUCAGUAUUGAUUUGUCAGGAAACAAAUUUGAAGGAAAAAUUCCAAAUGCUAUUGGAGAUCUUCGUGCACUAAUAGGACUCAACCUUUCCCACAAUAGAAUUAUUGGUCCUAUUCCCGGAUCCUUGGGAAAUUUAAUCAACGUGGAAUCAAUGGAUCUCUCCUCAAAUAUGCUCACAGGAGCAAUACCUAGAGGGGGACAGUUCGAUACAUUUUCAAAUGAUUCCUACGAGGGAAAUUUGGGGUUGUGUGGACUUCCGUUGUCAAUAAAUUGCAAGAAUAUUACUAAACCCUCUGAUGAGCAUGAACAAAAAUUCGGAUUUGGUUGGCAACCCGUGGCUAUAGGAUACGGAUGUGGAAUGCUAUUUGGUAUUGGAUUGGGAUGUUUUGUGUUGUUAAUAGGAAAACCUCAAUGGCUUGUGAUCAUGGAUGGAGGCAAGAUUAAUAGAAGGAGGACAAGGAUGAGAGUUCAGGAAAGAAUGAAUCAGAAUCAGUUACUGCAAAUGUGA